AUGCUUGCUCCUGUCCGGCCGAGUCGAGAUGAAAAUAACCCCUUAACUGUCCGCAAACGCGACCGAAACUUUCGACGCCAGGCUCUUGCCGUCCAGUCAUUCUUCGGCGGGACUCGGCUGAUGAACCUUUAUCGGACGGUCUCGUUGGGCCAGACGGGACUCGUAUCAAGGCCUGUCGACAGCCGCAUCCCGUCGAGGGCUCAGUCCUCUGUGCUGGUGGGGACUCGGAUCUCGGCAUCGAGUCUGGCUGAGAGCCGCUUUGUGCGCGGCGACGAUGAAAAAUGGCGCUCUCUUCUCGAGCAACGUGAACAAUGCGUACAAUUGCGUCUUUCUACUCUUCAGUUGGCCAGUUGCCUUGGAACAUUGGAGACUGUUGGAAUGUACCAAAGUGUGCCUGCCAACGAAUGCAAAAAACAACAGAGCCUGAAAGCGUCAUGUACAGAAAAGUCAUCCAAACACUAA